CGCAGCUUGUUGGCUCGCUAUAUAAAGGGGAGAAGCGGGCGGACCGGACGGCUGGAGCUGCAGCCGGUGGCGGCAGCGGCGGCGCGGGGGGCGGCCACCGGGGGUGGUUUCCCUCCUUGGCGCGGGGUGGGGAGCGGGCAACGCCCCCCAGACCCCUGAAGGGUCGUGGCUUUUUUUUUUUUAAGGCGAUUCUCGAGGUUUUUAGCUCCGGGAGGACUGCCCCCUCCUCCCUCACCGCUCCCUCCUCCUCCUUCAGGAUCGAUUUUGUUUAAAUUUUUCCCCCAGUCGUGCGGUGACUCGGGUCACCCUCCAGGUGUUUUACUUUGGUUUUGUUUUUUUUGGUUUUGUUUUUAUCUUGUUUUCUCGGGGUUGCCCCCCUCUUGUUUGUGUUGUGUGUGGAAAUGGCGAACUUGGCAAAUACAAACACCAUGCCUAAACUAUACAGAUCUGUGAUUGAAGAUGUUAUUAAUGAUGUGAGAGACAUCUUUCUGGAUGAUGGAGUAGAUGAACAAGUCCUGAUGGAACUAAAAACGUUAUGGGAGAAUAAACUAAUGCAGUCUAGAGCAGUAGAUGGAUUUCAUUCAGAGGAACAGCAGCUUUUAUUGCAAGUUCAACAGCAGCAUCAACCCCAGCAGCAGCAGCAUCACCACCACCACCACCACCAGCAAGCUCAACCUCAGCAGACAGUACCUCAGCAAGCGCAGACCCAGCAGGUCCUUAUUCCUGCAUCACAGCAAGCCACCGCACCACAAGUUAUUGUUCCUGAUUCUAAGCUGAUACAACAUAUGAAUGCAUCAAACAUGAGUGCUGCUGCUACAGCUGCUACCUUGGCACUUCCUGCAGGUGUGACUCCUGUUCAACAGAUAUUAACAAAUUCAGGCCAGCUUCUUCAAGUUGUCAGAGCAGCCAAUGGUGCCCAGUAUAUCUUUCAGCCUCAGCAGUCAGUGGUUCUACAACAACAGGUUAUACCACAAAUGCAGCCCGGUGGGGUACAAGCUCCUGUUAUUCAACAGGUACUGGCCCCUCUUCCUGGAGGGAUUUCACCACAGGCAGGUGUCAUCAUCCAGCCUCAGCAAAUCUUAUUUACAGGAAAUAAGACUCAAGUUAUACCUACGACAGUGGCAGCACCUACACCAGCACAAGCACAGAUAACUGCCACUGGCCAACAGCAGCCUCAGGCCCAGCCUGCUCAAACACAGGCUCCAUUGGUAUUACAAGUUGAUGGAACUGGGGAUACGUCAUCUGAAGAAGAUGAAGAUGAAGAAGAAGACUAUGAUGACGAUGAAGAAGAAGACAAAGAAAAAGAUGGAGCUGAAGAUGGGCAAGUGGAAGAAGAACCCCUCAAUAGUGAAGAUGAUGUGAGUGAUGAGGAAGGACAAGAACUCUUUGACACAGAAAAUGUUGUUGUAUGCCAAUAUGAUAAGAUACACAGAAGUAAAAACAAAUGGAAAUUUCAUCUCAAGGAUGGCAUAAUGAAUCUUAAUGGAAGAGAUUAUAUAUUUUCCAAAGCCAUUGGAGAUGCAGAAUGGUGAAGAGUUCUUCUCUUUUAUAAAUAAAAGAAACUUUAAUAACAUUUAAAGUGGACAGUUUGAAACUUGGGACAUAUACCAACCAAAACUUCACUUCUGCAUGUCAGAAAAGUGCAGUAGAAGCAAAGCUACUGGAACAAAGAUAGACCUUGACAACAUAGACACUACUUCUAACUGGCAAGCCAUGGAACUGUAGCACCUGGGGUUGUACGGGUGGGAGGGUUGGGGUUUGUGUAGGGAAAACCAUAAUUGUCAACUUUAAAUACAGGUACCUGCCACCAGUAAUCAGCAUGUAAAGCUUUGUCUAUAUUCCUUACUCCAACUUGGGUUCAAUCGGAAGAUACUUGUUGGAAUGAAAUGAAGAAACUUCCCUUUUGAUAGAUUAAACUGAAACUGCUUUAUUGUAUGUGGUUAUAUUUGGUAAAAGUUGCGUGUGAGCUUUUUACAAAAGGGUAAGAAUUAUGGUGUUGAAUUUUAAUUCACUUGUAUAAGAAAAUUUAAAACUCUCCUAAUAGGUCUUAAAUAUUUUUACUUGCUGUUUUCCCUCAGUAAUAUAUACCUCUUCCUUCCCCGCUUUAUGAAACAUCUAUUUAUAAGAUGUAAAGGAAGUAAUCAGUGACCAGUUUGGAGAUAUAAUUUGAUAGAUUUUCAUAUUUACUAAAUGUAAUUUAAAUACUUGGGUCUUGUCUGAGUUGAGUGGAAUUAAAAUGGCAAUUUUAAUUUCCUUACAGAAAAACUAUAUUUGUUUCUUUUAGUCCCACAUCUUAAAAAGAAACCCCAAAUUGGCUUUUCAGUAGUAUGAUUUUAUUUCACAAAGGUACCAUCUAGCAUAAAUUGUAUACAGAUGAAUAUAUGAGUUUAUGUAGAUUUUGCCUGUUGGGCUCAAAUGUGUGCUUAUAUAUGUGUUAAAGCUAAACAUUCAGAUAAUAUUCUGUGCGUUUAUUGAAGCUUAGGGCAGGUGGUGAGGACUUGGAUUUUUAUUAAACAAUUUAGUAAUUAUAAAGGUUUCUUGUGUUUACUAGUAAAGAAUUUAAAAAACCUAUUGAACAAAGUUUUUAAAAGCAAUUUUGUAAUCUGAGGGGGAAAUUGAGGGGUAGAGAGGGGUGGGCCACUAAGUACAUAUUUACCUCUCCUUGAUUUGGUGGCCCUUCCAGGCAUUGGUAAUGUGGACAUGGGCUCCAGUUUGCACAUUGGGAAGAAAGCAUAGAAAUUUGACUUAUAUAUUAAAGAUAACAUAAAUUUAAUAUGUAUAUUAACAAUGCAUAGCUCUGUAUUCUGUAAGGGGCUCUAAAGAACAAUAAUAUAGCACUGCUAUGUGUGAAUUAGCUGCCUGGGAGAACUGCAGGAACCCUUGUCUUCACCUUUGUGUUCUGAUAACUGAUUUGACUUUUCAUGGUUUUUGUCUUGACAAAAUUCACAUGUGUUUAAGUUACUUGUAUAUUGAUUUUUUUUUAGUCUUCAAUUUUUGUCUUCCUUUUAUUUGCCUUUGUGUGUUUCCAGAAGUAACACAUAAAUACUUUAAAGUAUAUUACAAAUUAGUAAGCUGUGAGCUAUUAUAGUGUUUUUUUCUUUCUUUCUUUUUUAACAAAUCUUUGAACUUCUCAAAAAG